AUGGCGAAUGAGGACGAAAAAGGCCGCGUUCCCGCUGCGGCAUUACCAUCGAGGGAAAAGAACGUUGGCGAUGCGCAUGAUGUUGACGAAAAGGGUGCACUUCUUGCCCUAGAGAAGGAAGCUGCGGCGAAACUGAACCCGUCAAGGAAGACUGGAGAGACGGUUCGAUGGGGUUAUGCGGAGCGUAUGGCACUUCAAUAG